AUGAUUAUUUGCAGCAUCAAAAAGAUCAAACAGUCGCGUAUCGAUAAAAUAUUCACUGAUGAGGUAAUGUUAGGUGAUAGGGAAGUGAUCCAGCUUUUGGAGUCUACAAAGUCCACUGAUAGAAACAAAGGACUCAAAAGACUCUCCGCCAAACGUUAUUCAAGUGACAUCAAGCAGAUGAUGGAGCUUUGCAAGGCAUUGAUCCAUUUUAUUGAGUUUGAAUGUCUCCACAAGACGUCAACCUCACAAGGACGAAGAGCAAGUGCUUGUUGGUCAUUAAGAGAGGCGAUCGAAGGAAUAAUAGAUUACUUUCCUCCUCGUGCAUCAGUAUUGAUGACAUUGUUGACGAUGAUUUUGACAAUUGCAAAUGGUGAAUUCCUCGAUAAUAUCCUACCUGUCAUAACCAUUAUUUUGAAACAGCAGUACGUGAGAGAACAUUUCAACGAACAAAUGUGGAAGUCUGCUAUUGGGUUCUUCACAAGCUCCUUGCAAAAAGAGAAUGAUACAAGCUUAGAUGAGAACUUAAUCAAGGGGCUUAUCGUUCUUCUCAAUACGAAUGACGUUGUCUAUUCAGUGAUAUACUCACUAGAUAUCAAGCUGUUAAUUGACUCGUUACAGACGGUUUUAGUGAGAGGUCACAAUAGUGUAUCACUUUGCUCAAGUAUUCUUGUUCUUAUCAAUCGCUUUUUGGCUGUGCUAUCCUGCGAACAGUACCCGUUACUCGUUGAACUAGUUGAAAUGGGAUUUAGACUAUUAUCGUUGAACAAAUACAGUUUUGGGAAUAGACACGGAAUAAACCAAGAAACAAUUGACUUCUUAAACUCAGAGGCUGUGUAUUUUGAGAUUGACAACCUAAUAGACACCCAGUCAGACUCAUUAUCUCAGUUAUCUGAUGUGAUAUCUGCUUACGUUGCUGCUAGUAUUGAUGAUCUAGUUUCUACAGGAAAACCACUCUUUGUUCAAAAUGUUGGAAUUAUAGUAGAUCAUAUCCCCGUGGAUGGUUAUGGACUCAAUACAAUUCAAUGGAAUAAUAAUGGAGACAAAUACUAUGGUAAAGAUGACGAUAGUAUUUGGUUUUUUUUCGUCGGCCUUUCGAAGCUAAUUCAGUACUUCUACAGGAUCAACAAUGGAUCAGCCUCACCAAAUACCCUUGGAAUAGAAGAAAUUCAAGGUGAAACACUCUUAAUGACUCAGAAACAGGGGUCUAAAAGGAAGAAAAGAAAACUAUCACCUUCCACCUUGGGUUCAUUGAAACAGUCAUUUGACGAAUACGAAUUUGUCCAGCAGUUGAUGGCUUCGAACAAUGGUAAAUAUCAUCAGGUUGGACUUCAAUUGAUGAUACUCAUGCUUGAGUUAUAUCCCAUUACUAUUGGGUCUGCUAUUGGUGGUGAAAGCAAUGCUGGUGCUACUGAGUCAAGCACAGACACUGAAGACUUGGAUUUUGGGACGUCUGUAUUGUUUACUUCUUUUUUGACGAAUGACGAGGACAGCAUUGUUACUGCUAUCCUUUCUUCUUCAAAUGACAAAAGUUUGACAAUUUGGUCCUUAAUAGCUUUGAAUUCGUUUUUGUGCAACAUAACGAGCUGCGAUUAUUCAUUAUCCAGUGAUACAAUCCGACUGAUAUUCAAGUUUAUCUUGCCCUUUGUGCGGAUAGAACAAUACAGCGAGAUUUCUUGUAAUAUCUUGUAUCAUUUGGUUGAAUUUGUGAUGGUAAAAGAAGUUGAUCCUAAGACUAUAUCUGAUGCUUCCUUGAUUAAUCAAGUUCAAAACAUCUAUGAAUUAGCGAAUUUUUUGGGCCCCACGAGUUUGAAUGAUUCCAGCUUAAAGUUUUGGCUUGCAUUUUGCAAGUUAAUCAAAUUCUUGGGAUUAAACUUACGACAAUUUCAAAAUGUGGUUACAAAUUGGUUCCUUCAUAAAUGGGACCAGGUGUUCGACAUCGAAAAGAUUGAUUUCAAAAUCACUCUUACGAAUUUCCACAUAUAUGCUUACUGGUUGACUUCUUCGGAGGAUCAAUGGCACACAAUCAAUGAACUCAAUGAGAAACAAAUCCACCCACUUCUAACAACCAGGAAUAAAGCUAUAAGAGACUUUGCUUGGAGUUCCAAAACUUUAUUCUCCAAUGAUAGGCCCGGUUCUAACAUCAAAGGUUACAUGAUAGAACGACUUAACAAGGAUGAGGCUUUUGAUUCUGUUAUAUCUAAGUUUUUUGGAUUAAUACAUGGGUUUGGGCGGAUGAGCUCGUACGAACAUAUGGACAAUUUUCUUCGCUUCAGAUUGAUAGCCCUGCGUCUUUCUUUGUUCGAGAAUGGAUACAAAAUGGUCAUGAACUACAGGCCAGACUCAGUUUCAAUGCAGCUUCUAAAUGCUGAAAGUCUAGACAAAAUAAUAUCUGCGCAAGGCCAUCAAGAUUAUCAUGCAUUAAUAAUAGAAGAUACUUGGGAUAAAAUUAUGAUGACUUUGGGAUAUAAGGAUAUUAAAAUAGAUCUUCUUACUAUUGAAGCAGCCUUUCAACUUCAGCAUCCAGAUUUGAAGGAGAUGCGUACGAUUUUGGCGAUAGUUGAAGGGAAUCCCAAAUUGGGGCUUGCCCACGAAACAGAUUUAGUUAAAUGCUUAAUGGGGCCACUGCUCGACGCCUCCUUGAUUUUGAUAUUCAGGUUAUCUGAGAUCCCUCUUGUUUCCAAUAGCAGGGAUAUCGGAGUCAAGUGUCUCUUUCUACUCGGUGAAAAGUUUUUGAAUAAUGUGCUCUAUGAAAGAAACGAAUUGAUGCUUGUUUCAACAUGCAGGUGGGUUGGAAACAUGGCUCUUAAUUUGUCUACUGAAAGUGUGGUCCUUGAUGUUCUAGAAUGGCUCAUUUUGGCAGCAGAUAGGCGUUUGAUGCAUACCGAGACUUCUUGCACCGAAUAUGCCCGCAUGCUUUUAAAAAUAUUGCAGCCAAAGUACGAUGAGAAAGGUGAACUUCUAAUUCUCGAUUUGAAAGGUCGGGUUGAGGUUGACACUGUCAAAAGCUCUUUCUUAGAUUAUUUCAGAUCAAUAACUUCCGACAGCAGAAUAAGCUUGGUAGAUGAUAUUAAUGAUCUUUUAUCCAGUUUGAGAUCUACAAAAGAGCAGAUCGAGUUUUACAAGUCUUUGAUUAAUUGUUUCCAGUCGAAAAAUUCAACGGGAGAUAUUGGUUAUAUCCUAUUUUUGUCGUUGAUUUCAGUGAUCAACUUCGAGAUUGUCAAGUCAACAAUAUUCAAUCUUUUAGAGAUUGGAUUAUACAAACCUUUGGAGAACAGUGUACGGAAAGCUUUGCAGAUUAUUCGGAAAAACUGUUCGGCUGGUAGUAUCAAGCAAAUUUUCCAGUUAGCACGACUUCCAAUAUUCAAAUCAUGGUACCUUCAUUACAGGCUGUUCAACAAAUUCCCUUUCAAGUAUUUGGGAUAUGAUAAAAAACUAUUCUAUGAUCUAUAUAAGAGUGAGCUUUUAAGCGUGGUGAUUGCUUCAAAUUCCAAUCUAUAUGAGGAAGAAAUCAACGCCCUCAUGAAUACCAAGAAGCAAUCACUAAUCAGCGAGUCACUACCUUUGGCAUUUGCAUUAGCUUAUAUUCCUGGGGGAAUUAGGAAUGAAGUUCAGAAAAGACUAAUUCAUUUGAGUGAGGAAGAUAUUGGUAAGCAGCUAGCAAGAAGUUUGGAUUUGAUAGUCUUAGAAGUCUUAAGAUUGGUGGAUACCUCCGAUUUAUCUUUGGCAAUCGAUUACACGAAAAUAAGCUGUAACUUUACAAGUUUCUACAACACAAAUCCAAACUACAUAUCUAUGAAAUCAGGACUAGAGCUUGUAAGCCACCUUUCAAGAAAAUUCUAUUCUUAUAGAGACUUCUGGAACACUAAAAGAUUGUACUUCUUCUUUCGGAAGUUGAUAAUCGAUCUUGAAGAAUGCAUUAGCCUUGACCAGAAACAUACUUGCUUGAGAAGAAUAAUUCUUGUAUUGAUACUAAGUAAAAAAGAUUCAGAAACAAAGUUUAGUGUCUUGAAUGAUAGGGUAUUGGCUUGUUUGGUAGAAAAGGUUUUACCACUUGUACAUGUCAAGCGAUUUGCUUCUGAUAUUGUAAGUUUCUUCGCUUUGCUUGAGUUGAACACUUUUGAUGAACAGGAUGAAUAUACCGACUCGCUUGAGUACAACAGUUUGGUAAUAUCAAUAUUAUCGACUCUAGUGCCAACGAAAAAUUCUCUGGUAGAUUCAAAAGGUGUUUCAGAUAUACUUGAGGCCCUUGCAUGUUCCAAGAAACAGUUUGAAGAUAUUAUCAGCCUGAUACUCCAAAUUUGUGAUGAUCGUCAUGACACAUUGAGUCCAGUUGAUAUUGUGCCCCUUGUGAGUUUCAAAGUGAAUGGGUCGUUUGAACCAGGUCUCAAGAUUUGCUCCUUCUUAGCCAACAAGCAGGAACUUAUUGGAACGAGUUCCAGAAGUUUUAUUAAUGCUGUGAUGCAAACUUCCAUUAGCACUUUCUCAGAUGCAUUCAAACAAAUUUGUGCAAAAACACUUAGUGAUGAAUAUUUCAACCAAGGUUUGACUAUUGAUACAAAAGUAUUGGAUAGAGUAUACGAGUUUGAUGAUAUUGAAGGUGUCAAAUACAUUGAUAAAAUAAUAGGGCAUAUAUUCGACUACCAAAUAUCAUCAGACUACAGCAUUUCUACAUUAGCAGACUUAACGGUUGGUCAACUAUUGGAAAUAGAAGAGUCCGUUAUUGCAUCUGUUGAUGAGAAUAAAAAAGAAUACAUUACGAAAUGGCCAGAGACACUCAUUAGCAGUUUUUUCAAAAGAUCAGUGGAGUUGGAAAGGAAAAGUACAGAAGAUGAUUUAGAAAAGUGGGUCACUCAAGUUUUCAUAAACAUUAUUGAUGGUCUACCUAAACCGCAAGAACAGUUCUUUAGGAUUAUCAAAAACUUUGGACAUUGUAACAAACAGUUUAUUCAAAGAUGUCUACCUUACCUUACUUGUUAUUAUCUUGAGGCAAAGUGUUCAGAAGAUAAAGUGAUUACAUUCGUGAAUGAAUUCUUAGAAAACAGUGCAUUACAUUCCAGAAAUCUGACUGAAUUGAUUUUGAAGUUGAUUCUUUUGGUAAGGCAGGAAGCACGCAGAGGAGUUCCCACUUUCCUGAUAGUAUAUGAGAGGCUUGACAUUGAAAAAGCUUGUUCAGCUGCUUCUAAAUUCGAUUUUUUUAAGACUGGAUGGUUACUACUCGAGGACAAUCACCAGAGAACUAAACUCUCCAAAUUACAAGGAAAGAAUAACUGGUACGAAAGAGAUUAUAUCUUAAGAAUUUUUGAAUCUAUUGAUUGUGAAGAUAUAAUGAAUGGCUUUCCACAAAAGAACACUUUGGAUUCUGCUUUAAGCUUGAUGAGGAAGGGGAUAGAAUUUAAGUCAACAGAAAGAACGAAAUAUGAGCUUGGAAAGCUUGAAACGAACUUUAUUUUGAAUAAAAGUCUGAAUACAAGUAAUUUGUUGGAAGCCAUGUUAACUGAUGGUUUGACAGGGACUUCGAAAGUGCUCGGGGAAAGCAUGAAUCUUAAUGAUACCACCCACUGCAACUAUGAGUGGGCCUGGAAAUUGAACAACUGGACUCUCCCCAUUCCCCAAAAACCAAAAUCGAAUCAUGAAUUCAUUUACAAAUCUUUGAGUAUCGUCAAAGAUCAACAGGCGGUCCUAACGGAAAGUGAAGACUCUAAUUUGACUCUGGAAAUUCAGACUAAACUCAAUUCAGUUUUAGUUGAUGCAGUGAACCGAAAGGAUACGAUUUUGAACAUUCACGAUUACAAAAGUUUACAUCUCAACCUUGAAGACUUCUAUUCCACAUUGUCCAUUUUGAACCUCAUUUUGAAGUGCUGCAGCAACACAGACAUCCAAUUUAAGGAGUAUGAACAGUUUAAAGAUUGUGCCUUCGAAAAAAUUGAUAACAUCGUAUUCAGUCGAAUAAUGACCCUCAAAGUCCUCAAGGACACCAGAAGGUCCCAAAAUUCUAACUUGAUCAAUGCAUUGGCCAUGUACAACAACAUGGCCAUAAAACACAACAAGGGGCAGAAAAGUAUCAACACCAUUAUGACUAUGAACGAACUUGCCAAGGAUGGACUCAAGAGUGACUUAAUAGCGAAUGUUGCUAAGUACCAUAUAUCCAAAGGAUUAUGGCAUCAAAAUCAUCCGAUUAUCGCUGUGUCAAUGAUGCUAGAAUUGAAGAAUGAACUACCACGAACAUUGAGUCCUUUUCAAUGUGACGCAGAUUACUCUAGUAUCAAUGAUUUGAUUGUUGAUUCAACUUUGGUUGAAUGGCUAUCUGAAUCCAAGCAGGAGCUUCCAACCACAAUUAUGGAAAGGUACUUCCAAGGAGACCAAUCCACUUUGUUAAGAGACUCGUCUGCAAGACUUAUCAGUACCACACAUCAGAAGCUAGGAAGGUUCUGUGAAACACAGUAUAGAUCAGGUGAAAUCAACAAAGAACUAGCCAAAAUGGAUAAGCAGGUCCAGUCCAAACGCCGGGAAUUAAAUAGUAUCAAAGAUCAUUACAGCAAAAUCUCAGUGCCAACACAAGAAAAGAAAGCAGUUCAGAAGUAUUAUACUAAGCUCAAGCUCCAGUAUACCAGCGAGAGUAAAGAUAAUAAAGAAUUGAAAGAAACCAGAGUUGUGUUUUUGACGAAGGCCAUAGAAUGCUAUUUGACAAGCAUAUUUAGAAGUGAUGAUUUUGAAGUUGUUGAUAAGUUCUUCUCCCUUUGGUUUGAGGAAUCGAAAGUAACCGAACUAAACAAUAUGAUCAACGAAAAAUUCAGUUCUGAUAUGAUAACUCAUUCACAUAGAUUUAUGGGAUGGAUCUCUCAGUUAAUUUCAAGGUUAUCUGAUGAACCUGAUACUGAUACUUUCCAGAAAUUGAUCAGAGGUUUAAUUAAAGAAAUCUGCUACAAGUUUCCAUUUCAUUCAUUGUACCAUUUGAUUUCUUUGAAGGAGCAUGCUUCACAUGUGAAUAGUGAUGAGGAAGUCAUGUGGUCCAAAAUCAAAGCUGCAAACAAAAUAUUUACAUCCUUAAGGAAUGACACAAAUGUUGAAUAUGUCUCUAAAGUAUUGGACCCAGUGUAUCAGUUUUGUACGGAAGCUGUAAGCUUGUCCAAGUAUAAGCUGCAAAGAGGCAAGUCGUUUGAUUUACGGAAGAAUUCCAAGCUAAAUACUGAAUUCUGGUUAAAUUUGCCUCAUAUUCCAGCACCAACCCAAACAAUAACUGACAAUGUCCCUGUGCUUGAAUCCAUAGACCCUAUAAUGUCGAUUGCUACCAGUGGAUUGAGUUUACCGAAAAUAGGAAGGUUCCGUUUAUCUAACGGAAAGGAAACCAAAAUCUUGUUCAAAUAUGGAACCGAUGAUUUACGGCAAGACGCUAUUAUGGAACAAGUAUUCGAAAAGGUUAAUCAAAUCUUCAAAAACAACCACGAAAGUAGUAAACGUCACUUGCAAAUACGUACCUACAAGAUUGUGCCCAUUGGUCCUAAUAGUGGAAUAAUUGAAUUUGUUCCAAACUCAAUGGCUCUAAUUGAUAUUAUAAAACCAUACCAUGAACGGAAAGACAAGAUCCAGCUAUCGAAAGCCAGAGAACUCAUGAAAGCUUGCCAGAACAACGAGAGAUCCGAGAGAAUUAAAGUGUUCAAACAAGAGAUCAUUCCCAAAAUAUCACCAGUUCUUCAUGACUUCUUUUUUGAUAAUUUCCUAACCCCCAAAACAUGGUUCAACAGUAGGUUGUGUUACAGUCGUGGACUCUCGAUUACAUCCAUUGUUGGACAUAUUUUGGGUCUAGGUGAUAGGCAUUGUAACAAUAUUCUUUUAGAUAAGCGUUCAGGAGAACCUAUUCACAUUGACCUUGGCGUUGCUUUUGACCAAGGAACAAGACUACCAAUCCCAGAAAUGGUUCCUUUCAGAUUGACCAAUGAUCUAGUCGAUGGGUUGGGCAUUACAGGGAUAAAAGGUAUCUUCAGCACCAGCUGUGAAGUAACAUUUACUAUCCUCAGAGAGAACCAAGAUCACAUUAUAAGCAUAUUAAAUAUCCUAAAGUGGGAUCCGUUGUAUUCUUGGGCUCUUUCACCAUUAAGAAAGAGAAAGUUACAACUGGAUGAUGGAGAUGAAGGAGUUAUAAAUGAGCCAGAAAACGAUAUCAGUGAAGCUGGCCAAGCCAUUAUGACUGUUCGAGAUAAGCUUCAAGCCAACGGAUUGAGCUCUGAAACUGUUGUAAGAGAAUUAAUAAAUACUGCAAUCAAUCCGGACAAUUUAGCAGUAAUCUUCUGUGGUUGGAGCCCAUUUUACUAGGGUUAUACUUACAAUAUAUUGCAUUUUUUUAGCCCUUUCGUAUUGCUCGAGAAAAAAAUAUGUCAUCUCAGGGUGCAUACCAUUAUAUUACAAUUGUCCAAUCAAUGCAUUUCAAAGUAUAGACGAGUAUUAAACAAUGAUGCAAAAAAA